AUGAACAAACUCGAUGAAUUCAAGCAAUUCCGUGAGGGGUCCAGAAUCGAGGCCACAAAGACUCAACAAGAUGCCUGUAAAAUGUUCAUUGGGGGAAUACCUCUUGAGACAAGUAAGCAAUCUCUUUUUGAAUAUCUGGCUCAAUUUGGCGAGAUUAUAGAUCUUACUAUUAAAACCGACCAAAAAUCUGGACUGUCCAGAGGGUUCGGAUUUGUGCUUUUCAAAGAUAAUGCCACUGUUGAAAAGGUGCUCCAAGUAAAAGAGCACAAACUGGAUGGCAAGAUAAUUGAACUUAAAAGAGCUAAAGCCGUGGAAUUGAAAUUUACUUCAAAUAAGAUUUUUGUGGGUGGGGUAAACCCUCACCUAUCUGAAGAGAAAAUCAGAGAGUACUUUCAGUUAUUUGGAGUGAUUGAAAAUAUUGAGCUUCCAGUGUGUCAAGAAACAAAUGAAAGACGAUCUUUUUGUUUUAUCACGUAUGCUAAUGAACAACCAGUAAGGAGGCUGCUACAAACCAGAUACCGUCUAAUUGGCUCUCGGUGGUGUGAAAUUAAACUCGCACACCCAAAAGAAUGUGAGAAACCACAGCACAGCAGAGGAAGACAGGUUUCAUUUAACAGGCUAGGAAACCGCUGGGGAGAAAGAGGCUUUGCUGAAAACCCAGAUGCUUGUGGUGCAAACCCAAAUGUUUAUGUGGCAAACCGUAAUGCUUAUGGGGCAAACCCAAAUGACGGUGCAAACCCAAAUGCUUAUGUGGCAAACCCUAAUGCUUAUUGGGCAAACCCUAAUGCUUACGGGGCAAACCCAAAUGUUUACAUGACAAAUCCUAGUGUUUAUUGGGCAAACCCUAAUGCUUACGGGGCAAACCCAAAUGUUUACAUGACAAACCCUAAUGCUUACGGGGCAAACCCAAAUGUUUACAUGACAAAUCCUAAUGCUUAUGGGGCAAACCCAAAUGAUUACAUGACAAACCCUAAUGCUUAUUGGGCAAACCCUAACGCUUAUGGGGCAAACCCAAAUGCUUACAUGGCAAACCUUAAUGCUUAUGGGGCAACCCCAUAUGGCAGUGGUGCAAACCCAACUGUUUAUGUGGCAAACCCUAAUGCUUAUGGUGCAAACCCAAAUGGCAGCAGAGCAAAUACAGAUGUUUACAUACAUGCCAAACCUAAAUGUUUUUACAAAUCCUAA